CCGAGGGCGCGUCGGAAAUGUCUAGAGUGCUUCUUUAUCAUGACCGACACUAAGUGAGGGCGAAGGACGCGCAACGAUUUGGCCACGGCGGCCGCCACUGCUCUGCGAGGCCGCAGGUCAGGGGCCAUCGGCCGCCGCCAGGAGAGCGGACGACGCGGAGUUUCUUCCAUCUGCACGCAGUUGUCUUCAGCAUGGGGGAGAAGAACCACUCUCCUGGGGAAGAGCUUCAGCACAGGACACAAGCAGAGGCUCCAGGAAAGAAAAGCUGGCACUCACAGGCCUACACCCUUGGUGCCAUUUCCAACUUUAUGUCUACUUUUCUGACCUUUCCUAUCUAUAAGGUUGUGUUCCGCCAACAGAUCCAUGCUGUGGCAGUGUCACAGGCUGUGAAACAGCUUUGGCAUGAAGGUCCUCAAUACUUCUACCGGGGAAUCUACCCCCCUCUUCUCUCCAAGACAUUGCAAGGGACUCUACUGUUUGGAACUUAUGAUAGCCUGCUCUGCUCUCUCUCCCCUGUUGGGCCACACUCCCUGGGACAUCGCUGGGCUGCAGGGCUCAUGUCUGGUGUGGUGGAGGCUGUGGCACUGAGCCCCUUUGAAAGGGUGCAGAAUGUGCUCCAGGAUGGUCGCAAGCAAGCUCGCUUCCCCAGCACCUUCAGCAUUCUCAAGGAAUUCAACUCUUAUGGGCUUUGGGGGCGGCUCUCGCUGGGCUACUAUCGUGGUUUCUGGCCUAUCCUUGUCAGGAACAGCCUGGGGAGUGCUCUAUAUUUCUCUUUCAAGGAUCCCAUCCAAGCUGGCUUGGCAAAGCAAGGUCUGCCCCAUUGGGUUCCUGCCUUGGUUUCUGGUAGUGUCAAUGGAACAAUCACCUGCCUAGUUCUGUAUCCUCUGAUUGUGCUGGUUGCCAACAUGCAGUCCCAUAUUGGCUGGCAGAGCAUGCCAAGCCUGUGGGCCUCUGCCCAGGACAUGUGGGACACUCGGGGCCGAAAGGUGCUCCUAAUCUACCGUGGAGGCUCCCUGGUCAUCCUAAGGUCCAGCGUGACAUGGGGCCUCACUACUGCUAUCCAUGACUUCCUGCAGAGGAAGUAUCAUUCCAGGAAAGAGAAGAAAUACUGACUAACUGCAGGAACUGUGGCCAUGGCAUCUUUGUUAUUUAAAACCUUCCCUGGUUGGUUCUGUGUAGGUACUUCUUUGGCUUGGUUACCUAAUACAGCUAUUCUUUAGCAUCUGUAAACUGUCAUUGCAUGGGAGAAGAUCCUAACUACCAGCCUGUUGGGCACAGAUAAAACCCAACAGGAUUCCAUGGUCAGAAAGAGAAGGUCACCCCAGUCUAUCCACAGUUUCAGUAGCCCCACAGUCAGGAGACCUUUAAAUAACUUGUAACCCAGAUGAAAUGUCAUUCCUUUAAGGAAUUCCUUGACAAUAAGAGGAAACUUAAAAUGGUGAUCUUUCUCAGCCACUGUGAGUUCUGGGACCCUUCCAGGUGUUCUGCAGACCAAACUGAGUAGAACUCCAAUUUCGAGGAACUAUGCUUGACUCCUAGGAUGAGGAUUCCACACACCUCAGAUGGUUACAUUUUCAUGACAUUGUUCACUGCCUCUACCACCACCACUUGCAUUUCUCAAGGCUGUGGGUCCUAGUUUUGGGGCAGCAACUGUGGCUGGAAAUCCUAAGUAAUACUUGCCUCAACUCAUCAGGUGCCACAAGAACUGGUAGGAUUGGAGAUGGGAGUGAGAAGUGUGGUUUCUGGAUGCAAAGAAUAAAGACAUUGAAGGAAACAACUUGAUUUUUCUUAAAAAAUCUAGAAGUGAAAUGACCAUAUUUCUUCACAAAUAAUUGCAUAUUUUGUUGAUGUGGGUAAAUAUAGUAAGAUCAGAAAUAUUAGCCUGUCAUUCAGACCCAUUCAAAAUAUGAUUCUCAUAUAAUUUUCAACAUAUUAUGUCACACCACUCCCACUUACAUAGAUCCCAUACACCAACUAGAAUGGACUACUGUUCUCUCCCCAAACAUGCCAUGGACUUUCCCGUGGCCAUACUUUGGCCCACUCUAUUCUCUCCACCUGCAGUGCUCCUUCUUCACAUGCCCGACUGCCAAAAUCCUUCAGUUCCUCAAAGCCCAUCUCAGAUGCCACAUUCUCUAUGGAGCCUCUUCUGAUUUCCCACAACUGAAAGUGACAUUAGUCUCUUGUGAUGCCCCUUUCCAACAGUACUUCAUACAUGGUACUGAUUUCAUUAUGUCACUGGUCUCAUAUGGCCCUGUGUUCUUGGUGUUCUUCAAUACCUCCUACUAGACUGUAAAACUUCUUGAAAGCAGGGAUUCUUGUACUCAUUUUUAAAUCCUCCUUUGUGCCUAGGUGCUCAAUAAUGUUGUCUGAAUUAUUGAAUUGAUUAUCAAGCUGUGAUAUGGUCUAUAUGCUCAGGGUGCUGUCCCUUGUACAUGAAGAUAAUGUUAUUGACUCAGUGUCAGUAAGACACGUGCCUUUGGGGUGUUUUUUUUUUUUCUUUUAAUAAUGGAUUUAGUUUUGUGCCAAUAAUACUGAUGCUGAUGAUAAUAAUAAUAAUUGUAAUAAAAAUUACUUUCAACUGGAA